GGGCCGUUCUAGGCGCCAUGGGGCUGCUGGGUGGGCUGCUGGUAGCGACGCGUGUCUCGCUGAGCCCGGCGCGGGGCUGCAGUUCGUCGGCCGGCCUAGAGGGCCCCGCGCGCACGCGCUCCUACUGGCGGUACCUGAGGCGCCUUGUGUGGGGCGCGCCACAGCCGCCAUACACGCGUGUGUGCCAGGUCGGGGACCCGGUGCUACGCACCGUGGCGGCUCCGGUGGAACCCGCACAGCUGGAGGGGCCGGAGCUGCGGCGGCUGGUAGGGCGGCUGGUGCAGGUGAUGCGACGGCGCGGCUGCGUGGGCCUGAGUGCGCCGCAGCUGGGGGUGCCGCUGCAAGUGCUGGCGCUCGAGUUCCCCGAAGCGCUCUUCAGCACCUUCUCACCGCGCCUGCGCGAGCUGCGUCAGAUGGAGCCUUUUCCGCUUCGCGUGCUGGUGAACCCCAGCCUGAGAGUGCUGGACAGCCGCUUGGUCACCUUCCCUGAGGGCUGCGAGAGCGUCGCCGGUUUCCUGGCGUGUGUACCUCGCUUUCAGGCAGUGCAGAUCUCAGGACUGAACCCAAAAGGAGAGCCAGUGGUAUGGUCAGCAAGUGGGUGGACAGCUCGAAUCAUCCAGCAUGAGAUGGAUCAUUUGCAAGGCUGCUUGUUCAUUGACAAAAUGGACAGUGGGACAUUUACCAGUCUCCGCUGGAUGGAGGUGAAUGACUGACACUCUGUUGCUUGACUGAGGGUCUGGAAAAUUGGCAUGCAGACACUUUGGGUUAAGAUGGGCACAUCUUUUUGUACUUCAACUUGGAAUUGUUUCAACCUGACAGUAAACAGUGGACUGCUGGUAUGUAAUGGACUGAGAUAAAAGGAACAUGAUGGGAAUUGCUUAUCCUGAAAUUAGAUUCGGACAGAGUUCUGUUACAGCAUGAAUAGAAAUACUGAAGAAGUAGGUGUUUCCUGACAAUUUUGCAUGGAAAGAAGUAGGCAGUUGACCAUUCUCAGUACAGAUGACUUCAUGAGACACAUAUAUUCUACCCCCACAGCCAAUGCUUGAUAAUAAUGUAGUCCAAAUAUCAGAAAGUCAUUUUAACAUACAGGUAAAUGGGUGUCAUGGCACACCUUUAAUUCCAGCACUCUGGGCAGAGGCAAGCUGAUGUUUGAGGCUAUCCAGAGGGACAUUACAUAGUGAGACUGUCUCAAAAAAAAAAGUUAGCUCAAAUCAGGGAGGGAUGUCUUGACAGCUAGGUUAAAGAGUACUUGCUUUUCAGGCAAUAAUGGUAUACACCUUUAGUCCCAGCACUUGAGAGGCAGAGACAGGUGAUUCGAGGCCAGCCUGGUCUACAGAGUGAAUUCUAGGAUGGAGGCAUGCACUUGAAUAUGGGCGCACAUGCACGUGUGUGUGCGUGCACACACACAAAAUAAAAAAAAAAAAAAAAAACAACCAAAGCUUCACUCAGCUACUUUCAAUCAGAGAAAAAAAAGUAGUGAAAGGCCAAUAUAGUCUUGGCUACAGAAUCAGUUCUGGCCCUUUCAGGUUUCCAAGUUAGAGCACUUACAGCUGGGAGCAUAUAAAGCUCAUGGGUACAACAGUGCUUAAUGUGGAGGGACCUAGGUUUGAGUCCUAGCAUCAGGAAAUAAAAUACAGAGGAAUAAUACUGGUUUUUGGAAAUUCCUUCAUUGUGUGUGCAUGCCUAUACUGUGACCUAUGUCACACAGCAUCUCUAGGGCUGCUUUCUCUGGGGACUCUAAACUGGGCAGCAUCUGUUCAGUAGUAGUUAUUUGAGGUUGCCUCAUAGGAACAGAGACCUAACAUUACCACUCACUCCUGUCUCUGCUCUUGAGAGCUGAAAGCAGGAUUAAAGUUCAAGAUCAUUCUCCUCUACAUAGUGAGUUCAGAAUCUACCUAAUCUACUUGAAACCCUGUCUCAAAACAAAAAAGAUAGCAAAACUACAGCCACACUUCUGAGCUUAAGGCAUGCAGGACUUGUCACCUGACUGGACAGCAGACCUGAUGAGCACUCCUACUUCUUGCCCUGCUAAGGAAAGAAAACAAUGAAGAGGGCCUUACCAGAAGUAAGCGCCACUCUCAAGAAUUCCAUACUAGAAUCAAAAAUGAAAGACUUCAGUAGCUCAAGAAAGGAAAAGGGUUUAUUAGACUUCUCCAGCAUAGGGCCAGCAAAGGCUGGGGUCAGUUCUCAGUCGGUGAAGGCAGCAAUAAAGACCACCUGCCUGUUAUCUCUCCUGAUGAAAACAAGCUCUGUGCUCACAGAAGCCAUCAGCUCCUGCAAGGAAGACCGGAAGCUCCAGGUGCAAACUUAGGAGGGUGGGAUGGCUUUUCCUACUUCCCCACGGUCAGCUGGCUAAGUAGCCAGACUUAAUGUGGGGAAAGGGGUGGGAGCAAGGGCCUGGUGGCUCCCACUCCUCAACACUUCCAGAUGAUUUUUCUCUUUAUUUAUAAACAAGACAGAAAUCAAAGCAGCAUUAAUUUAGGGGAACAAAAGUUAAAAAGAAAA